AUGUCAGCAAAAAUUAAAGCUUGGAGCUCCAACGCGGAAAAAUUAAAUUCGAAACGAAAAAAAAUGGAAAUUCGGGAGGAAUUAUUCCCAUCGACGACGUGCAGCUCGUCGCCACAGGCUAAUCAGGAAAUCAGUUCAGAAGAUCGAAACUCCCACCAUCCCGACAUUGCUUCCAGUAGCUCCGCAACUACAUGCAGGUCGUCAAAUUGUUUCAAUAUGGAUGAAGGAAUUCUGACGAGAGACGUGGAAAUGGAUUUUAGUGACGAAAUUCCGACUUUUUCUCACAAUAGAUUCUCCAAUCCCGUGUUUCCACCGACACCUUCACGAAACUCGUUCAGUACACCGAGGGUUCGAAUAAUCUCCAAUGUUGAGCAAAUUCCGCAGAUCAAAAUGCUCCGACUAACGAUCGAACGACUGAAAAAUGAAAAAAUGAAAUAUCAGAAGAAAUACAAAAGCGGAAUGGUGAGUUUGCGGUGUUUUCGGAAGAAAUACUAAUAGUCCGCCAAGAAAAUAUCACUGUAAGAGCAUCGAAUUCUUCGCUGCAAAUGGAAGUAUGCAAUAUGCGAACGAUCGUCAGUGGUAUAGAAGGUCGAUUGGUGAGAAGCUGGGCAGAUGUGAAGAAAAGUGGCAAAGCUAUGGUUCUGAGUCUACAAAGACACGCCGAAGAAAUUGAAAACCUCAAAAAAUCAGCUUUUAAAGUUAAAUUUUCGAAUCUAAGAAACAAAAGUUGUAUCAAAAAUCGAUUUCGCAAAGCUCUUCACUUGCUUCAACACGAAAUCUGCCUCGAGGAUGACGUCGGACAAUUUAUUCGAAAAUUCACAAAAUUCCUGAAUUCAGAAGAGAAUCAAAGCUACAAAAACAAGCUUUCAAACUUUGAGGCCGUUGACUUUUUAUCAAAAUGCGGAUUAUCUCUAAGUCAGAUGGAAAAAAUCAAAAACUAUUUGACUAAUUCCAUUGGCUAUGAUUUGCUUCCAUUGGUAAAGAACACAAGAGAUUUGUCAAUCCAGUUAUCAAUGAUCUCCAGUUUCAAAGUUUCCACUUCGUUCGACAAUAAAGGAAAAGUGAUUACCAUUGUGCAGUGCAUGAAAAUUGCAGAAGUUUUAGCCUAUCGAAUAGAGCUUCUAUGCAAUUCAAAUCAAUUUGUGGACGAUGGCUACACGAAAGGAGUAAUCAAGAUUGGAGUCGUUGGUGACGCUGGAGGUGGAAGCACAAAGUUGGCAUUGGUAAUCGGAAUGUAUCUCGACCGAAUUCUUCGAGACACGUUAUGGUAAUUGCAGUAUAUGACGGAUCCGACAAUUACUCGUGUCUGAAAAAAUUCAUUCCCGACGUUCUUGAGCAGCUUGGCAAGCUGACAAAAAUUCGAUAUUUGGACAAAGGAGUUCAAAAAACCGCAAAAAUUGUGCAAAUUGCAACUGGAGAUUGCAAGUUUCAAUUUGAUAUUCUUGGACACCAAGGACAUUCAUCCCACAAUUUCUGCUUCAAGUGUUUUGCCCAGAAUCCACGGGGAGCUGAAGAGAGGAUGAAAAUCAAGGAUAUGAAUGUUGAUGAAACAUUCCACCCACGAACAAUCGAUCUUUACAAAGCUUGUUGUACUCCACUUCUGCCACACGUUGCGAUCAUGUUCUAUUUGAUUCCUCUUCUGCACAUUAUCAUGGGUAUUUUUGACAAAUAUAUCUUCAAUCCCCUCUGGAAAUAUUCUGUCACUUUGGAUAACACUACUUGUUUCCCUAUCCUGAAAACGCGAAAAGCAACUCUAAAAAACGCUGUUAACCUAAUCAAAAGUGCGGAAGAAAAGUAUCAAGCAGCCACCGGAAAGAUGAAAUUGGAGUCGCAUGCUGAACUGAAAGCACUUCAAUCGGAAAAAUUGUUGCUCGACACAAUUGUGAAUGGUACUCCCGGAGGAACACUUGAAAAAAUGGAACAGUGUUGGGCUAAGUUUGGAGCGGACAAGCAGGCUUGGUUCCAAUCAUUUUGCGGAAACCAUUUGAAAUUGCUGCUAACGCCGGCUAUUGUAGAGGAGACUUUCAACAUUUUUGGCCCAAAUUUAUGCCCAAUGUUGCUCGGAUUGAAAUCAGCAAUGGGAAAGCUUUCAACUAUUAUGUCACUUUCGGGAAACAAGUUUUUAAAUGAUUCCGACGUCUUAAUACUUCAAAAUUCGAUUCGCGGAUUUGUGGAGGAUUUGAAAGUAGCGGUUCCCGAAGAAACAAUUAUUUUAAAGCUGCACUUGGUGGUCUACCAUGCACCACAAAUGGCAAAAGAUGUGAGAAACAUUGGAAGGAUCACAGAACCAGGAGUUGAAUCUGUCCACGCGAUUUUCAAUGCACUUGAGAGGAGAUUUUGCAAUUACCGGGACAAGAAAAGGCGUUACAUCCAUGUUCUGAGAGAGCUCAUGUGUCGUAACAUCAUGAAUGACAUGACUAUGAACACGUCCAUUCCCGGUCUUUCCAUCGUACCAAAAGAUGCAACAGUUCUGCCAAUUUCUUCGCAAAAUGAUCUUCGGGACCCAAAAGUAGUUAUUCGGGACGUCACGGCUGCCCAAAAAAGAAAAAAUUUAGCGAAAAAAAAAAUCAAUUUUAGCUCCAAGAAAAGGCUUCCACAAUCGACAAAAUCUCGAAAUGCUGUGCCCGACUUCUCACAAAACGUACAAACUUCUAUUGCAUUUGGAGGCAAUUCAACGAAAAUUGGAUUCCGUGGUCUACCGAGCAAUGCUCUUUCUCGUCCGAACCCGAUGGCAAUCACACAAACUUGCUCGACAAGCCAGCCAAUCACUAGAAGCCAUCCACUUGUUGCUCCACCAGUAUCUUAUCAACUUCCGAAAUGCAGUAAUAGUUUAGCUGAAAAAAUUCGAGCAAGUUGUGGGCAAGCAAGAAGGAGUGCUGCAGAAUCUUCUUCGACUGAAAGCCACGUGGACACAAAUUCGAAGAAGAAAGUUUACAGACUAAAAUUCGUCCAAAAAAGUCGUGAAAUUCCGAAGAAAUAGUAAUAU